GUAUCUGUCUUGAAUCUAUUCUCCGCACAAUUCCGCUUCUUGAUUCUCAUUGACUUGGCCAAUCCAAUGCUCUACAAUUCCGAGAUCGGUUCGAUUCUGACGUAUUUGGAGUUGUCGAACACGCAAGUUUUCGAACACGUUCUCCUCGCAGUAUUAGCAUGCAAUGAACAGUAUGCAUCACAAUUGAAUUGA